UAGAUAACUAGUACCGAGUCUCCUGCUCGCUUAGGUAAACGCCAAUACUUCCAGCAGCGAAACAAGACUAUAAAUUAACGACCUGAAACCCACGGAAACAAACAAUGGACCAACUCUUACCGCUCAAAAUAUGACUAAUAAGGCCCACGCACUUCCGACUGUAAAUAAAUCCUUACGCAUUUAUACCGACACUGUCUAUUCGUUAUCUCACUAUGAAGAUGACUUCCACGCAGGAUGUCAAAACGUCAGGUGCCAAUGAGAAUCAUCGACAACACUUGUCUGUGCUAAAAAUAAUCAGACCAUUUGCUUCUCAUCUGAAUUAUCUGCACUGCUGUUUUAAUGAAUUUUAGAGCAAAGUGUGCCGACAGUGGUUAAAUUGGACGGAAGAAAUUCAACCUGAAGCUAAGUGAGCAGUGAAUAAUCGGCUUUGCGAAAAGAUCUCCAGUCGACUUUCCUCCUCCACCGCAAAACACUUAACUUAAAGAUUUGCCUGAACAAAGGAUAACUAUAAAAAGACCAAGGAAUUACAUCUUAACUACAAAAGAAACUGUAACUGCUGAAACAGACGGAGUGUAAAAGAAAGAAUAGAGGUAAACGAAAGAAUGUUUGUUUCGAACGAUACUUUUGCAAAUAUUUCUUUCGCUAAUCAAACAAAAUUGAAAGAACAUUCAACAUUUUACCAUGAGCCUCCCGGACUUCGAGUUGUAAGACUGUUUUUAUUAACAAUUACAUUCCUUGUUGGAGUGACAGGGAACUUUUUAGUGUGUUUAGUGACUUCUCGGAAGCGUGGUCAGACGUCAACUGGAAACUUAUUCAUAAUGCACCUUGCAAUAGCGGAUCUUGGCAUUUUAUUUGUUAACUUUCCAUUUGUGGUGAUACGAGAUGAGUUUCCCUAUUCAUGGCCAUUUGGUAAAUUUAUCUGCAGAGCUAUUUACCCAUUCAGUGAUAUCUUCUAUGGAGUUGAGAUUGGAUGCAUUACAGCUAUUGCCUUCCACCGCUAUAAAAUGCUAGUCCAUUGUACAAAGCCUCAAAUAUCAAUAGACAACGCCAAGAAAAUCGUUUUCAUUAUAUGGUUUAUUUCGUUUAUCUUUAUCGUUGCUCCUUUGAUCUUUGUGAUGGACUUACGGAUAAGAAGUCCAAAUCUCCUGGACUGCGUCCCACUUUGGCCAAACAAGAUAUCUGAACAACUGUUCAGCGUUAAUGGGUGUUUGAUGUUUUAUAUUAUUCCAUUGACUGUCAUUCUAAUUACAUAUGUUAAGAUAAGGGGCGUAUUAAAAGCUAAUACAAAGAGGCAGAGCAGUUACAGACUGUGCAGACAUCCUUCGGCAAGAGCAAAUGUCUCCCGUUUAUCGCAAAAUCGUCGCGCAGUUCAAAUCCUAACGCCAGUGCUAAUUAUGUUUGCUCUUUCUAUGUUGCCUUUUACCGCUUUUCGUUUCUUCGCUGUCUUUAGCAGCAGAGAUGUUUUGAAUUCUUUUAAAUACUCGCGCUUGGUUUUUAAUAUUUCCUGUUUGUUGCUGAUAUCAAAUAGCUCAGUCAACCCUAUCAUUUAUAGCCUCGUAAAUUCCGAGUUUAGACGAGAGUUUUCAAGCCACUUGCAUUGCAAUGGAGACAAUUGCUGUUUAGAUGCUAGUGAAAACCUUACAACUGUACAUAAGUCCAAUCAGGCUCUUCAAAAUCCUGAUCGACGGAGAAAUUCUACACCUCUUCUUAACCAAGAUCAAGCAUAUUACACGCCUGUUGAGAGGCAAAGCGAGAACCCUGUGAUGAAUAAUGGAACGCUUUUAGCGAACAUUGAAGAAACUCAUAGUAAACCUAGCAGUAGGCCGUUGGUCAUCAAGGUUAAUCCAACCUAUGAAACAGGUGGCUUUUAGCGCUGAGAGGGAAGGGGGCGUAUACCCCCUUCUUUUUAAGAACAUCCCUACAUAUAAGCUUCCAAGRGAAUGGAUGUAGUAUUGUAAAAUAAUAAAUAAUAAUAACAUCAGUAUUGAAUGUCAUUAGUAUUAUAUCGCUUACCUUAGAUGAAGUUUCAAAUGAACUAUUAGAAACCUUCAUGCUGUUGAAGGACCUGGAUAAAACGUCGAAUUUAAUCAUUGCAAACCGUAAUUAAGUUGCUAUUAUUUAUCAUGUAAAAGUCCUUGUUUUURCAUUAGGAGUGACACUUCCGUUGCAAUAAUUGCGACUUUGAGCACUGUGCAGUUCUCUCGUAUUUAUUUAUAGUUGAUAUGCCUUUACCAUGAACAUCAAAUAUACCAUAUGUCCCUAAACAGUUUGGCUUUCAAAGUUCCUGAAAUCUUGGUUAUAUAAAGAAUUUGAACACGGAUUAAGUUCGGCGUUUGCCCUUCUGAUAGUUUGGUUUUCAUUUCCUCGUGCAACAAAGUGUAAUAAACAUGCAGUAAUGUGUAUUGSCACAUAAAAAUUAUACAAAUAAAGAGUAAUAAAGUGGGGGGCUUCUAAGGGCAAAUUAUAGUUUGCUAGUUUUUUAGUUGACAAAAUAAAGUGCUUGUAAUGAAAAAAAGAUAAAUAAGUUUGAAAUAUAUGCAAAAAGUUGUAAAGGAAUAGAGACAGAGGGCUAAAUUAACUGGAAAGGAGUGAUCACAUAUACGAAAUUAAAGUUGCAAAGGCGUUGCAAAGUUGCAAUUUAUAGAGCAACGGAAAUACGGCAAAAGUGUGUCGCUCCACUGCAAAAGGACUCAAUACAAUGACUUCCGCACGUUUAAGAAAUUAGAAAACUUGCCGGUUUCCUUUCACGAAAAAUUAAGUUCGACGUUCGACUCAGGGCUUACAYCAUAUAGAAAUAACCAUGUAUACGAUAUCGCAACUUUUAGGAAUAAUAAAAAAUAACUUUAUAUGA